UGCCUAGAGAAUAUAAUACCUAAGCCUACCUAUGCACUCUUCGUUAGAUCUAUCCUAGAAUUCAGGAUCCAAAGCGGGGUUGGUUCCUGCUUGAAUGAGGGCUCAGACGAUAGUCUGACAAAGCUGGGGUACGCUACUGACAGUGCAGGGAACGGAAGGAAGCGGCGAAUGCGAUCCCCCUGGCUCGUUACUAGUAUGAGGAUCCUUACGACGUAACGUCUAAUACAGCAAGACAUUCGGAACAUGAAGUGAGAUCGUGUGCCUAGUUGAGCGUUACAAAAUACCAAAUUCAACGGAUUGUGAGUAGCUCGGUUUUAGAUCUGCCCUAAACGAGGAGCUCAAAAUGUCGGCAAGGAAAGGUCUAUCCGCGCGGUUUUCGAAACUACUUCAUCGAGGCUCGAAACGUCACGACGAUGGUGAGUCAUCCGACGAACGCAGCAACGGCCUUUGCGCUGUGUGCAGUACCAUCGGCUUCGAUGGUGAUGGAAAGGAUAGGGAAACGGUCUUUAGCCUAGGGCUUUUAGGCGACAUCAAGCAGCGGACUUCAUGUCCCUUUUGCAGACUUGUGCUAGACUCAAUGCAGGACGACCGCAUCAUUCAUACGCAAUCAAUCGAACAUUAUAACACGCACGAAGUGCGCAUAUUUCGGAGCGGUCCGAAAAUGUUUUCAAUCCAACCUUUGCCAACAUACUCCAAGGUCCUAUUUGACUCAGAAGUGAAAGGCUUUGAGAAACUCACCUCUUCCAGCCAGAUCGACUUUGAGAUGAUCAAGAGUUGGCUUGCGACUUGUGAAGGAGAGCACAAGAAGUGCGUACCAAAUGAAGGGCCGUUCAACAUCGAUCUCAGCUUCUUCCGAUGUAUAGAUGUGGAAGAUAUGUGUAUUACGCCAGUGCCCAUUACAUCUCAAUAUGUCGCUCUGAGUUACAAAUGGGGUGACUGUACUCCUUUUCUUCUUCUAAAGCCCAACAAAGACGACCUUUUCGCGAAAGACGGCCUUAGGAGAAAUUGGGACUCUAUUCCCAGAACUAUUCGAGACACUAUCGACUUCGUUCGUGGUGUGGGUUGUCGAUACGUAUGGAUUGAUCAACUUUGCUUGAUCCAAGACGAUGAUCAUGAUAGAGGUAUAGGAAUAAACGCGAUGGAUUUGGUGUAUGAACAAGCUUACUUCACAAUACUAGCUGGAAGUGGUACAGAUGCCGAUUCCGGAUUGCCUGGUGUUAGAGAAGGGACACGUUCGUCCGUACGCCAGGUUACUAGUGAAGUUCUGCCAGGUGUCAAUCUUGUUCUUCGCCAUACAAUGGAAGACAUUGUUGCCAAAUCCGAAUACCACCAUCGAGGAUGGACAUUCCAGGAAUAUUACCUUUCAAGAAGGAAAAUUAUUUUUAUAGAUGAUACGAUAUACUUCAAGUGCUAUGAAAAGUUUUGGCAGGAAUUGGAAGAUGGGUUGCCUGUUCGAUCCGAUCCAACUACAGAGCAAGGACAAGCGUUGCAUAAGCCGAGUGGUGACGUCUACCACCUUCUUGGACAAUUAUUAAACAAGUAUACGACGCGUGAGCUCAAAAUGCCGGGCGACUACGUGUUCGCUAUGGCAGGUGUCUGUCGGCGGUUGGCGGACUACGCGCAAUGUAGUCUCCUCUUCGGCAUACCUGUCCCGGCCCUGGAUUGGUUUCUUCUGUUCUAUCCAAACAAGGCGGGUUUGACGCGGCGGGAAUCCUUCCCAAGCUGGGCAUGGUCAGGAUGGUAUGGCCAAGUCUACUAUAACUACGGAUCUGGUAAUGUAACGAAGUGGGUGGCGGCUAGCACUUGGAUCACUUGGUAUAAAAGAGAACCCUCCGAUGACGUGACACUGGUUUGGGCGAAGGCGGAUACCCGCGCUUCGAGGGCGAAAGAACUCUUCGGACAUUUGUGCGACGUGUCGCGAACUGAGCCCUCAAGUGAAGUCAUGGGCGAGCACGCGGAUAAGAAACACACCUUUCUACAUUUCUGGACCGUAUCCGCGAAUUUCACACUUCGCAAGAUCGACCGAGAUGAGGCAGACAAGUCAAUGUGGUCUUAUGGAAUCUACUGGACACCUACGACAUAUGAAGUUGUAGGCAAGGACGGCGCGAACUGCGGCUUUGUCACGUUGGAUGACGCAGCUUCUACGAGCGAAGAUAGCAAACCCGUGGAGUUCAUACUAUUAUCAUUAUCGGCAGAGAAGUCACAAGUAGUCGAUGCAGGAGGUCGGUUCUUCUGGGUGCUGAUGAUUGAAUGGGACAAGGGGGUAGCCGAGCGGAAGGGCAUAGGAAAAAUCCGUCGAGAUGCACUCGCAUCUGCCGUAGAUGCGGGCAUCUCGUGGAAGGAGAUUACGCUGGCAUGAGCAGCAAAGGCUAUCUAUUUGCAGAUUCGAGGCUUGGAGACGGGUUUCAUAGGGUCUCAAUGUGUUACCUACAGGCACGAUGACGUGAGACAGGCUGAUGAAUUGGGGACACUUGGCCCAUUUUGAGCUGGAGUGCCUCCUAUCAUAGUAACAUGCAUGUAUACAAC